CUCCUCUUAUCCAAUAUGACUCGGAUAGUGCCUUUUUUUUUCUUCCAUGAAUGACUCAGAUGGUGCUUAGACUGACAUGGCACACAUGACAAGAUUGAUGAGUUUAUCUACUAAAUUAAGAUUAUCUCUGUACAACUUGUAGUCGGGACCAAAGCCAGCCGGAUAACCAUGAUCUGUCGGAGGAUUUGGCACGGUAGGGCUUGGAGCUCCUGCCGUCGAAUACUCUAUCCGUAUGCCGCCGAGAGUCCAUCCCCUUUUCCGUCGCCGGUAUCGUGGCGGUCGAGUUUCGAUUCGGCAUCGUGUCUCUAUGCUAGUAACCAAAUCGCUUUCGACUUUCUUUUAGCUUCGAAUAGACGACACUUUUCAAUUCAAAAUUUGGUCGAGUUCCCGGUGGGAGAGGUAGUUGAUGUACCAUUGGCACAAACUGGUGAAGGUAUUGCAGAAUGUGAACUUCUCAGAUGGUUUGUGCAAGAGGGUGAAAUAAUUGAAGAAUUUCAACCACUCUGUGAAGUUCAGAGUGACAAAGCAACUAUUGAAAUUACAAGUCGUCACAAGGGAACAGUUUCAGAACUUCUUUAUAUUCCUGGUGACAUCGUGAAGGUUGGAGAGACCCUUGUAAAGAUGGUUGUUGGGGGAUCGCACUGUCCGAGACAGAGUUCUGAUUCUCCAGAAAUUGAUCUUCAUAAGAAAGAAAAUAAUGUUUCUGCUCCUGAGCAGAACAAAACUAGUGUGGGUGGUGUCCUAUCCACUCCCGCUGUUCGGCACUUUGCAGAGCAGUAUGGUAUAAUGAUAAAUGACAUCCAUGGAUCUGGUAAAGAUGGAAGGGUAUUGAAAGAAGACGUGCAGAAGUAUGCAAUCCAAAAAGGACUCAUUAAAGAUCCUUCUGCGACUGUAUUUAUGGAAUCUGAGAAGCAGUUUCUUGGAGGAGAAAACGAAGAUCCUUAUGUGUCAGCUGAAGUUAAAAGACAUUAUGAUGACAAGUUUAUUCCCUUGAGGGGAUUCCACCGGGCAAUGGUGAAAUCAAUGUCGAUGGCGGCAAAAGUUCCACAUUUUCACUAUGUGGAAGAGAUUAUUUGUGAUGCACUUGUGGAGCUCAAAGUAUCUUUCCAAAAUAAUCAUUCUGAGGCAGAUGUUAAAUUUACUUUCCUGCCAUUGUUGAUAAAGUCGCUUUCGAUGGCCCUGAGCAAGUUUCCAUUCAUGAAUAGUUGCUUCAAUGAGGAAUUGCUUGAGGUUAUUCUUAAAGGUUCCCAUAAUAUUGGAGUUGCCAUGGCUACCCCCCAGGGUCUAGUUGUUCCAAACAUAAAAGAUGUUCAGAAUCUUUCCAUCUUGGAGAUAACAAAGGAGCUCUCAAGGUUACAAUGUCUGGCACGGGAUAACAAGCUUAGCCCUGGCGAUGUAUCUGGUGGAACAAUAACUCUGAGCAAUAUCGGAGCAAUAGGUGGAAAGUUUGGCGUCCCUCUCCUCAACUUGCCUGAAGUCGCCAUCAUUGCACUCGGUAGAAUUCAGAAAGUUCCUCGACUUGGAGAUGACGGAAACGUGUACCCUGUUUCAAUCAUGAGCGUUAAUAUUGGUGCAGAUCACAGAGUCUUGGAUGGAGCAACUGUUGCCAAAUUUUGCAACGAGUGGAAGCAGUUAAUUGAAAAACCAGAGCUGCUUGUGUUGCACUUGAGAUGACUUUCUUAGUGAACCUCAAACAUGCAUGCAGAACAGAAGAUCUAAGAAAUGAAUGAGGGAUAUAAGAGAGAUGGCUUGACUUGUUUGUCAAAGAACUUCAAUUCAGUGACAAUAAUUUGAACACAAGAUGUUGGAGAUGAACUGCUCAUUGGUAUAUAUCUAUAUUUUAAAUUAAAUCAA